AUGAACGGAAAAUCGUGCCAUCCGACCGCGUUGAACAUCCAGCGAGUGACAGUCAAAAUCCCCGACGGAUUGUCGGCCCUAAUGAUGGUCGUCGCUCGAGAGGUGAUUCGUCACUCACCCGAAGACGAGUGCACGGCGUACUCUAUCGCGGCCGAUUACUUGGAAGAAAUGCUCAAAGAAAAUCUCGGUAAAACCGUCUCUUCCAUAGACAAUGAAUGGACUCGUGAAAUUAUUGCUCAAAACGUCAUAAAAACGGUUGAAAAAUACGGUGUAACGACCGAGACGGCUAACGACGCUGCAACUUUAAUACAAAGGACUUGGAGGAAAUACAAUAAGCCAGUUUCAAAAUCAAAACAUGAUUCUUUAGGAACAGGAGACCAUGUCUUUUCUAAGGAAUUACAGGAGGACACUUUUGAGGAAAUGAAGUACGAAAACGAUUCCGACGAUAUGGAACGUGUAAACGUAGUGAGAAAAGGCCAGAGGGACUAUGUGCCACCGAUUCCAGAUUUCAUAAACGAUUUAUACUCAUUGAAAUACGAAGAAAAUGUAAAUAGUCGGUCAAAGGAUAUUUCUUAUGAAGACGAAGAAUAUAACUUAAAUAAUUUGUAA